AUGACUUGGGCGACAAUCCUGGUGGUCCUUGUUGGCCUCUGGACAUUGUCCAGUGUCUACAGCCUGACUCGAAACUACCUCGUGGCUCGAAAGAUGGGUCUACCCAUCCUCAAGAUCCUCCCGCGACACUUCUACGAGCGCGUGAACUGCGCGUCGUACGGGUUCGAGUGGCGGGAAAAGAGCCGCCUUUUCAAACAGUACGGCCCGUCGUUCGUCCUCGUCACCACCGGCGCCAUCGAGCUCAGCACAAUCGACCCGGGCCUGGUGGCCGAGGUGCUCCGACGACCGAAGGAUUUCCCAAACACUGACAUCGGAGACCUCAUCAUGGGUGUGUUUGGACCCAACCUGCUCACGUCCAACGGCGAAAGAUGGGCUCGACAACGCAAACUCAUUGCGCCCAACAUCAACGAGAAGAUCAGCGGUUUGGUCUUCGACGAGUCUCGGCGGCAGGCCAGCGAGAUGGUCGCUUCGUACAUGGACGAGGCGGACGGUGUGACGAACGACACGGUGCGCGGAUUCAAGGCACUCGCCAUCAAUGUCCUCGGCACGGCCGGUUUCGGUAUACGACGGCCCUGGAAAGAAAAGGCUGCGGCAGCACACGACAGAAGCCGGCGCUUCACGUACAUGGAAGCCACCAAGAUCGUGGUUGAGAACAUCAUAGAGGCCGUCUUCCCCACCAGAUUGCUCACGCUGCCCAUGCUGCCCUCGUCCUGGCGGGACAUUGGACACGCGAAGGCCGAGUUCCCGCUCCUCACCAAGGAGAUGCUCGAGAACGAACGUAGAGUCCAAGAGAACGCCACCGAGCAGCCACGGAGUAACCUGAUGAGCAUGCUCGUCCGGCUCUCCAACACCAACGACUCCAAAUCGACGCAGUACCUGACCGAGGACGAAAUGUUGGGCAACCUCUUCCUCUUCACGGCGGCAGGGUUCGACACCACGGCCAACAGUAUGGCGUACGCCCUGGCCCUUCUCGCCACGUACCCCAAGUACCAGGACUGGCUGCACGAGGAGAUCAAAGCCGUGAUAAGCGACAAGCCCAGCGAAAGGCUCGAGUACGCCGACGUCUUUCAUCGGUUGCCGCGCUGCCUAGCGUUGAUGCUUGAAACAUUGCGUCUCUUCCCGGCGUUAGUCCACAUCGCGAAACAAGUCAACAAAACGCAAGACGUCACCGUCACCACCGCUCUCCAAUCGUACUUUCUCCCGCGCGAGGUCAUGAUCUACCUUAGCUCCGUGGCCUUGCACCGCAACCCCGAGAUCUACGGCGCCGACCCCGACCCGGACACCUUCCGGCCGGAACGCUGGAUCAUCGACGACCCGCCGUCGACGGCGCUGGGAUCCGCGACACCCACGGCGUCGACGGCAGCUUCGCCGUCGGCAUCUGCAUACACGUCGACCAUCGCCGCCAACGUCAAGGCGAUGCCCGCCAAGGGCGCGUACGUCCCGUGGUCCGCGGGACCCCGCGUCUGUCCGGGCAUGAAGAUGGCGCAGGUCGAGUUCGUGAGCGUCUUCAUGACCAUCUGCGAAAAGUACCGCUUCGAACCCGUGAGGAUCCGCGACGACGAGACGGACGGCCAGGUCAAGGCCCGCCUCGAGGCCGCCAUGGAGGACAGCUCGCCCCGGAUGACGUUGCAGAUGAACAGCUUCGAGCGUGUCCAGAUAAAGUGGAUCAUCAGACAGUAG